AUGGUCAAGGCUGUCAGUGUCCUCCGCGGCGACGCAAAGGUCUCCGGAACCGUCAUCUUCGAGCAAGAGUCCGAGUCCGCUCCCACCACUAUCACCUGGGACAUCACCGGCAACGACCCCAACGCCAAGCGCGGCUUCCACAUCCACACAUUCGGUGACAACACCAACGGCUGCACCUCCGCUGGCCCUCACUUCAACCCCCACGGCAAGACCCACGGUGCUCCUUCCGAUGAGGCCCGUCACGUCGGUGACCUGGGUAACAUUGAGACCGACGGCCAGGGCAAUGCCAAGGGCUCCGUCACUGACAGCCUCGUCAAGCUGAUCGGCCCCCACAGCAUCAUUGGCCGAACCGUCGUCGUCCACGGCGGCACCGACGAUCUUGGCAAGGGUGGCAACGAGGAGUCCCUCAAGACUGGCAACGCUGGUCCUCGCCCCGCCUGCGGUGUUAUUGGUAUCUCCAACUAA